AUGAUCGGAGCUUCAAGCUGCUCGAUAAAAGAAAAUCUUACUCUGAUUGAUUCGUCAACGGUCUCUAGCAUUGUUAAGAGCUUGUCUUUCCUCAAUAAUCCAGAACUUGCAGCAAUUUCCGAAGAUGAUCCAGCGGCGGAAUACGCUGUCACCUUCUUCAAUAUCGACAAUGACUUUCUAGAGAUAUCUGGUCUGGAGAAUCCCACAUAUAACGAAAUGUUUGCAACCAGUGGUAAAUUUAAAAGAAGAACUUCAGCGAAUGAUUGCAAUCCACCUGUUCCUAUACCAGAAGCAGCGUAA